UCCCACGUUAUUAGCACGAUGCUUGGAUAGCUCUAACCCUUACGUUCCCUUCUUACGUUCUUCUUGUCCACUUCUGGAGAGCCGCCGCUAGUCACUAGUCUCAACAAAAUUCUUUGGAUGUAGCGGUCGGUUUCCUUCAGUGUUUUCACUCCGGUUGAGGUAAAGAUGAGAGAUGCGCACUCCAGAAUGGGAAAUCAUUCACUAGGCCACCCACUCAGUCGAUCCCCUUUCAGCCGGUUGUCCUACUCGAUCGCUUGCUGCCGCCGGAUUCCGCCGCUAACAGACCACCUGAUGGAUACGGCUGACUACCUGGUUCCUCAAGCAGUGCAAAUCGGGUAUUCAAAUUUCAGAGUGCCCAGUUCCUCCGUAAAUUUAGAAUCAUCUUGAGCAAGAAACAAUCAAGAAUCAACAAAGGAUCAUGGAAGGGAUCUUACAAGAUCAAAGGAAAGUGCAAGGGAACAAGAAAUCAUGCAAGAAAUGUGAUUUGGUGACUUACCCGGUCGGGUAUAGCCUUUACCCGGUCGGGUAUGAAGUGACCCGGACAAAAAGACGUGCAGAAAACACAAAAUCGUGGGCAAAAUAUUUGAUUUUGACAAAUACCCGGUCGGGUAUCUCAAAUACCCGGCCGGGUAUCCGGUGCAGCACCUUCAAAACACCUAUAAAUAGCCCCAUUUUCCUUCACUUUUAAUCACUCCUUCUUCCAUACUCUUAAGCUCAGUUUAGAAUAGCAUUUCCCUAUAUUUCUUUUAGUAUGUUUAGUCUCCAAAUGAGGAGCUAAACUUCCAUUUCUUGGUAUUGCUCUUGAAGCUUGUUGAUUAUUAAAGUUGUGAGUUAUUUUCUUAACUUCUCUCCUUGAAUAUUAAUUCUUCCUUUAAAUACUAUUUCUAUAUCAAUGUUGGGGAGUGUUGCUAAGAUGACAAUUAGUUAACAUCUUGACAUUGGUCCUAGUAAUAGCUAUACCUUCCUCUAUGUUAAUAUCGGUGAGUGUUACUAAGAUGACAAUUAGUUAACAUCUUGAUAUUAACCAUAGUAGGAUUCCUCUUCUUUAAUAUUCUUCCUUCAAUAUUAAUUAAUCCCUAUUCAUAUUUUAUAUUAAUAUUUUGAACAUUACUUAAAGGAUCAACUAGUUUUGUUUCACAUAUUAAUUAUUACUAGAAACGAUCAACGAACCGAUGGUUAAUCGUUGAUAGUUUCACAAGUAAGUAACUUCGGUUUAUUAAUGCACGGUCGUGGUUAAUAAACUUAAGAGGGAUUAAUUUUGUUGGUUAAACCGGAACCGUUGCGUUAAGGUUAUCAAUCUCAAUUGAUUUCAUCAAGGAAUUAAAAGAUUAAAUGCUACUAUCAAGUCGGUAUAUGGCGUUGUUCUAUACUUGACUAAUAGUAAGAGUUAUUAAUGAACGGUCGUUGUUAAUAACUAUCCUCGAUGAAUUGGAUAUACUCCUCGAUUGAGUAUUCGAGAGGAGAUAAGUUAUAGAUAUAACAAUGAUCGACUAAAAUAUAUCAACAAGUGGAAAGUAGCAAUGCCAAGUCCCUUUUAUCUUUGAAUUAAACCACAUAACUCAUUCAUCUUCGUGUUUAAUUUUAAUCAAAUCACUCGAUCAAAACCCCCCUUUUAUUUACUAGUUACAUAAAAAGAAGAGUUAUUCCUUUCCCUGUGGAUACGAACUCUACUACGCUAUAUUACGUAUAAGUGCUAGUAUUGAAUAUUAAUUUGAGUGCACUCACGACAAAGUGCACGUCAAAUUUGGCGCCGUUGCCGGGGAAAGGCAAUUAUUUUUCUUUUUAUUUUAUCUCAUAAAAAUCAAAAACAAAAAAAAAUCAAAAAAAAAAAUCUUACUCUUCUAUUUUCUGAGCUUACAUGAGUUAUGAGUAUAUGGAUGCCAACACAUCAUCCUUAGAGAGUCAAAUUUCCUUCUUGACUUCUCUAAUAAAGGGAUUUAUUUUAAACUCGGAAGCUCAAGAUGCCAAGACAUGCAACAUUUGCAUGUCUCACAGGCAUUUUACGGAUUUCUGCCCAAAGUUCCGAAAGGGAUGCACCUCACAUGAGGUAUGAUCCGUUCUCCAACUCUAACAUGUCUACAGAGGAUAUGGUCCGGGCUAUUGCUACCAACAUGACCACCAUUCAAAACAACAUGGUGCAAUUCCAAAAUGAGACCAAGUCUAGCAUUUCAAACUUGGAAACUCAAAUGAUUCAAAUAGCCAGAGUCGUAAGUAGGCUUGAAGCAAGGGAUUCGGAAAAACUUCCCUCUCAAAUAGAAUGUGAUCCUAAACAGCAAACUUUUGCAAUCACAUUGACAAAUGAGAAGGAAAUGCAAAAGGAGAUCCAAAAUCCAGAAGAAGUAGAAGAAGAAAGAGACGCGGAGCUCCAGCUAAUCAAAGAAGAGGAUGAACCGAGUUUCAAGGUCAAAUAUCUAUCCUUGUCGUCCUUUGAGGUACCCCCAACAAUUCUAAAAACUUUGAGGGAAACUCAUAAAAUUGACAAGGAUAAUGACAUUUUUGAAAUCUUCAGCAAAAUUGAGGGAUCAAAACAUUUUCCGUUAACCAUGUUUAACGAUAAUUUCUUUCCCUCACUCCCACCACAUGAAUCAAUGAAAAUCUGGAUAUUUGAUCCUGGAAAGAUUUUCAAAGUGAAGAGUCAAGAAAUUAAGCAUUCCUAUGGAAGUCCUAGGAGUGAAAGUGUGAAGAAGAUAAACUAUCACGAUCCAAGUUUGAAUGACUGAACACAAUGACAGCGUCGUGCCACGACGUUAAAUAAAGCGCUUCUUGGGAGGCAACCCAUGCAAGGUACAUUUACUUAUUGCAUUUUAUUUUUGCACUUUUAAAAAAAAUCACCUCAUUCGUCUUUUCCAAAUUCGAACCCAAUUCAAUUACCCCAAACCUCCUAACCAUAUCCCUCUUUCUUCAAAAUCUAUCCAAACCCUCCACCAAACCCCACAAAAAAAAUCAUAAUCUUGUUCUCAUCACUGUUCUCUUGCUCCACAUACCCUCUAAUCCACAAACUCUUGGAAGCAACCACCCCUCUCCCAAUCCACAACUUUAUAUCUUCAAAAAAAAGUGAUGGCGAUAACGAGCACUAGGGACAGUGCUCCGAGCUAAGUGAGGGGGAGUCACUCAUUCGUACACAAUUAUUUUUUCUACCUUGUAACUUGCAUUAUUUUCUUCACAAAAAAAAAUUAAAUAAAAAAAUAGAUGAAAUGCUAGUUAGGUUGAAAACCCAAACGGGCAACCUAAGCAACAUUAGCAAAAAAAAAAAAGAGUGAGUAAAAAAAAUGAGAGGCUAGGAUGAAAACCUGAAAAGGCUCCUAGGAAAAAGGAGAGAAAUGAGAGAAGAAAUUAGUUUUGCAGGAGUUCAUUUUUACCAUAGCAAGCAGCUGGAGGGAGAAGCAAUAACUUUCUAUAGUGCGGAUGAAUUUAAACUGAAAAAGAAAACACUUCUGUUUUCUUUUUAUCUCAUUGACACACUUUGGAUGGUGAAGAACUUUAUGGAUUUUACUCGAGGACAAGUAAAAGACUAAGUGUGGGGGAGUUGAUUGCAUUGAUUUUUGAGUGUUUAUAUUUUUACUUUUAAUUACUUUUUAUGGUGUGUUGUUGUGGUAAUUGCACAUUUAAGGUGCAAUCAUUUUAUUUUUCUAGUUUGUUGUAAUUUAGUAAAUUUAGAAUCAUCUUGAGCAAGAAACAAUCAAGAAUCAACAAAGGAUCAUGGAAGGGAUCUUACAAGAUCAAAGGAAAGUGCAAGGGAACAAGAAAUCAUGCAAGAAAUGUGAUUUGGUGACUUACCCGGUCGGGUAUAGCCUUUACCCGGUCGGGUAUGAAGUGACCCGGACAAAAAGACGUGCAGAAAACACAAAAUCGUGGGCAAAAUAUUUGAUUUUGACAAAUACCCGGUCGGGUAUCUCAAAUACCCGGCCGGGUAUCCGGUGCAGCACCUUCAAAACACCUAUAAAUAGCCCCAUUUUCCUUCACUUUUAAUCACUCCUUCUUCCAUACUCUUAAGCUCAGUUUAGAAUAGCAUUUCCCUAUAUUUCUUUUAGUAUGUUUAGUCUCCAAAUGAGGAGCUAAACUUCCAUUUCUUGGUAUUGCUCUUGAAGCUUGUUGAUUAUUAAAGUUGUGAGUUAUUUUCUUAACUUCUCUCCUUGAAUAUUAAUUCUUCCUUUAAAUACUAUUUCUAUAUCAAUGUUGGGGAGUGUUGCUAAGAUGACAAUUAGUUAACAUCUUGACAUUGGUCCUAGUAAUAGCUAUACCUUCCUCUAUGUUAAUAUCGGUGAGUGUUACUAAGAUGACAAUUAGUUAACAUCUUGAUAUUAACCAUAGUAGGAUUCCUCUUCUUUAAUAUUCUUCCUUCAAUAUUAAUUAAUCCCUAUUCAUAUUUUAUAUUAAUAUUUUGAACAUUACUUAAAGGAUCAACUAGUUUUGUUUCACAUAUUAAUUAUUACUAGAAACGAUCAACGAACCGAUGGUUAAUCGUUGAUAGUUUCACAAGUAAGUAACUUCGGUUUAUUAAUGCACGGUCGUGGUUAAUAAACUUAAGAGGGAUUAAUUUUGUUGGUUAAACCGGAACCGUUGCGUUAAGGUUAUCAAUCUCAAUUGAUUUCAUCAAGGAAUUAAAAGAUUAAAUGCUACUAUCAAGUCGGUAUAUGGCGUUGUUCUAUACUUGACUAAUAGUAAGAGUUAUUAAUGAACGGUCGUUGUUAAUAACUAUCCUCGAUGAAUUGGAUAUACUCCUCGAUUGAGUAUUCGAGAGGAGAUAAGUUAUAGAUAUAACAAUGAUCGACUAAAAUAUAUCAACAAGUGGAAAGUAGCAAUGCCAAGUCCCUUUUAUCUUUGAAUUAAACCACAUAACUCAUUCAUCUUCGUGUUUAAUUUUAAUCAAAUCACUCGAUCAAAACCCCCCUUUUAUUUACUAGUUACAUAAAAAGAAGAGUUAUUCCUUUCCCUAUGGAUACGAACUCUACUACGCUAUAUUACGUAUAAGUGCUAGUAUUGAAUAUUAAUUUGAGUGCACUCACGACAAAGUGCACGUCACAUUGAGUGUAAGCUCAAAGAAGCUACUCAAACACUGCGAAAUAGUAAUUUGAAAUGUGAUAUCAUACUUAUUGGGUGAUAGUUUGAGACCAUAACAACGCAGUGUGAAUUGUGUUUCCAUAAUAUCUGCCUGUAGCAGAAUUCUCCUCAUACUAUACUAUAUACACUUGAAUAAUUUAUACAUGUGUUGCAUGAAAUUUAAGAUUUUUGAAUAAAUGACCAUUGUAAGGUCAACCCAGGUUUAAACCAAAUGCCGUAUAGGACAUCCAGUAUGUUAAUACUUCUUAGAUGAGAAAAUGGCAAGACCGUCUAUUCUCCCAAUAUUGUAAAAGUGGAUCCAUGGGAGUUAAGUGAACUUGAAGUUUCACAAUGUGGGUUAAUACUAUUAAAUUUGGUCUCAAAAUAUGCUCUCUUGGAAUGUAAUGUAAUAAGUGGUACAAGACUACUUUGCCGGCUUCUAUGAAAUAUAGUGAAGGACAUAAAGUUACCCACAAAAUAUAUCUAGCAUUAUAAGAUGAAUGUUUUGCCUAAGGUAAACUGCUAGAAAGUUGCUUAAAUAUUUGAAGAAAAUGUAGUGUAUAUUAAUUCGGCAUUUGUUAAUAACUAACCCCCAAAAGUUUACACGUUUAAAUGAGCCAAAGUGUGCCAACAUUGAAACCCCACUAUAGAAAUGAUGUACUUGGACCCCAGAAGUGGUUCCAUAUGCACGUAAAUCCUUUUUCAAAAAUAUUAUGGCACAUUUUCCGACAUUAGGGAGAGAUGUAAAGGCAUAAUCAUAAUUAUAUCUUGGAAUGUCGGAAAAAUAUCCCAGAAAGAUUGAAUGAUAUGAAAAGAGUAACGUGUAAAAUAUUAUUAAUAAACUGCCAAAGUGACUGAAAGAAAUGAUUAUAAAGUUUGGGCUCAACCAAUGCAUGAAGCAUGGUUAGACGGUCAUUAUGUGUAUAUAAAAUAAAACCGGUUUUUAUUACAAUAAGUAACUUAUACCUUUACAAGAGGAUGAUAUAAGUUAAAUGCUGCAGCUGAUACAUAUUAGAAACUACAUGAUACAUAACAUGAGUUCCUCUUUUAUGGCUCAUAUAGAGGACUUUGAUGAAAUGGAAAUCGUAUUGAUUAAGAUUGACGUCAAAGAUUUAUUUUCCGAAACCAUCGAUUCAUAAUCCAUAAUAAUUAAGUCUGGCCAGACGAAAUAUGAUGGACCUGCAGUCCUAAAAUUUUGUGAAUUAUGAUCGAUGUUUAUGGAUGAGAAGAUAUUUUAUAUUGGGCCUGAAGUCCCAUAAAUACAAAUAUUUUGUACGUGGGGUGACAAUACUUGAGAUUGAAUGAUUUUUAGAUUACUUUCCUGUUAUAGUUUGAAGUUCUGUAAAUGUGGCAGUUAAUGAGAGAAUCAUAUGUCAUUGUUAUAAUAUCAAUUGUGUGUCCCUGAAGGACAAUGGUGAAAAGAAAUAUGUGCACACAACAUGCAACAUGAAUAUGAAUUCUUUUAUGUCUAUAAUAAUUAGAUAUAGACAUUAUGCGUUUAAUUAUAGACUUAUCAUUAUUAUAUUUGGGAUUAUUUUGGAAAAGAAUUUGGAAUUGAUUGAAUAACUGCACCAAUUGGAUAUGCAGUAAAACUCUAAGCAUAGUUGGAAAUAUAGAAAGAGAUGCUUGUGCCUAACCACAACCUAGGUGAUCACAUUAUGCCUUGAUUACAUGAUUUAUUUUGUAGAGGAACUAUGCUUGAUUAUCAUGGUGCAAAUUAUUUUAUUUAAUGUCAUGAUUGAAUAAGGUCUUUGCACCAUUAUUUUAUUUAUUUUGUAGUGAGUGCCUCCUGUAGAGGAUCUAGUGUGAACAAAUUUCUUGUGUGUUUCACAUGAUUUCAUGACUAGGAUUUAAACUAAUUUAAAGUGAACAAUAUUCAUACUACUUCUCAACUUUUCCUGCAGAAAGAGUUGAAUGAGGAAAACUUUAUGCAAUGAAUUUGCAAUUACUCAUAAACCUUCUAUUUGUUUACCUGAAGUAAACGUAUAUUAUUCUAUAAACCAAAUUGUAUAAUUGAAGGUGUUGAAGGCUUUUAAGCAUCUAGCCUAGAAACAAUACAUGAGAAUCUUUUGAUUUGAAUGGUGUUUGAUUAUAUAAAUAAUAAAUAUCUAGUCAUUACAUUGUGAACACCUGAAGUGUUUGUAUAAUAAUUUGAGAUCCUGGGAGGAUCAAAACAUGUCCCUUUGUAAAUUUUAAUAGGACAAUAUUUGAGAAUACUCAAUUAUUAAAUGUUUGAUGUGCAUAUGAGCAUUAACAUUAAAUUUGAUGGUCUUGAGAUGCACAUUGCAAAAAUCAUGAGUUUAGACAAUUACUUCUGCUUCAAAACUCUUGAAGAGUUUGGUUACUAAUGUCCAUCAAAUCUGUAUAAAUAAUGAUGAAGGUUUUGUAUACUAAAGAUUGUCAUUAGCUCAAAUUAUAUGGAGUGGAUUGAGGUGAAACAAUUAAUUGGUCCAGAAGACCAUGUGUUGUCUCUUUUUCUUAGCCAAGUUUUUUUUCCCAAAGGGUUUUCUUGGCCAAAGGUUUUAAGUUAUUUUGUGGUUUUAAAGAAUGAGAAAGAUUCAUAACAUUCGGAAGACUAGUAUCCUCUAGAAGAGUGAUUCUAAUAUUAGUUCGGAAGACAGUACCCUAAAGUUCUUAAUUGGUCCUUGUUAGAUCGAACAAUUUAUUGGUCCGGAAGACCAUAUGCAGCUGUACUCUUUUUCCUUAACCAAGUUUUGUCCCAUAGGGUUUUCUUGGUCUAAGGUUUUAACGAGGCAGUUUGUGACUUUGAAAUAACAUAUUAUGAUACAUAAUAUUCAGAGUAUUGUUUUUCUCUAGAAGAGUAAAUUCAAAAGUCAUCCAGAAGAUUAGGCCCCGAAGGCCAAUGACUGUACUCUUUUUCUUUACUAAGUUUUUCCCGCAUGGUUUUCUUAGUCAAAGGUUUUUAAUGAGGCAGUCAAUACAACACAUCAUUUUACAUAUAUUAUGUACUCUUUUCCUUGAUUGGUUUUUUCCCAAUGGGUUUUUCCAACAAGGUUUUUAACGAGGCAUACACAUAGUACGAUAAUUCAUUCGAAAAGUUAGCAACCAGAUUGGAUUGAAUUGGAUUCAACAAGAAGACCUGAAGUGAUGCAGUCAACAGGGGGAGUAUAUACGCGUUGCACUCUUUUUCCCUUGACCAAGGUUUUGUCCCACUGGGUUUUCCUCGGCAAGGUUUUUAACGAGGCAGCAUCAUCACUUCGUAUAAAUAGAAUAAUGUAUAUUUUUCUUGUAAUGUUUAUAUUUAAUAAUGUACAUUCAAGGGGGAGUGUUAUGUAAUUAUAUAUUAUGAAUGUCCAUUAACCCCUGGCCCAUAUUUACUAGUCCAUCUCAUUGAUGUAACCCUAGCUCCCCUCUUGUAUAUAUAGAUCCUUAUAUGUGAAUGAAAGGAACCUCUUGAUCUGGUU